AUGGCGGUCUUCAAAAACGUUGUUCUAAUCGGAGCAACUGGCGCUAUUGGCAGUGUUAUUCUUGAAGCUCUGCUGAAAGAGUCAGUUUUCGAAGUCACGAUUCUCCAACGCGCUUCGUCUCAGUCAAAGUUGUCUCCAGCCUUGAAGAGUAUCAAAAUCGACGAUGGGUAUCCAACAGAGGCGCUCAUAUCUACCUUUCAGGAACAAGAUGUGAUACUCAAUUGCAUGACAUCGAUGUCAGUCGCGGACCAGUUUCGCAUGAUCGAUGCAGCGAUUGCUGCAGGGGUGAAGCGGUAUGUCCCCAGCGAAUACGGGUUGAACAACCUGCGAUCCGACGCGCAGGCUGUCAAUGCGGUUUUCCGCGACAAGGACAAGGUCCAAGAAUACCUUCGCUUGAAGGUCUCAGAAGAGGCAAUUGAGUGGAUGAGCAUUUCAUGCGGAAUGUGGAUCAAAUGGAGCAUGAUCAACAAUUUCUUAGGCAUGCAUGUGUCCGAUAAAAAGUUCGUCUUCUGGGACGAUGGACAGGGGCUAUUUUCGUGUACCACGGAAGAAAACACAGCAGCAGGUGUCGUCCAGGCUCUGAAGACACCGGGACUCACCAAGAACACGAAUGUUUUCCUCAGCGACUUCGCAAUCUCACAGAAGCAACUUUUGAGCACCAUUGAAAGAAUACAGGGAGCGAAGUAUGCGACUGAGACCGUCGACAGCCACGCCCUGAUUCAAGAAAAGAAAGAGGCCGUUAGGGCGGGAGAUGGACUCGCGACAUUCGCUCUUAUCGAGACAGGCUUCGUCACUGGCCGGUUCGAUGGUCACUUGGAAAAGGAGGGAAAGAUCAUGAACGAGAAGCUGGGACAGCCACCAAAAACAGUUGACGAGGCUGUUGAAAACGCUUUGAAGGCGCUUAACGCCGUGUAG